UAAAAUGAGUUUAAGUGAUAGUGUUUUUAAUAAUUUACGCCAAAAGUUGGAUGUUAUGGGCUAUAGACAGUCACUGCCCUUAGCCGCCAUACCACUUGUUGGUAGUUUAUUUGAAGAUUUUGUUAAAACUACUGAAAGUUUAAGGGAUUCCAAAAAGAAAAUCAUGGAGUUAUUAGAGGAGAAAUCUUGUUGGGAAUUGGGUGUCGAACCGUACAAGUGUGAUAAUUCACGUCUGCUCAAAGAAUGCAACCAUAUGCAUACACAAACCUUAAAACAGCAGGAAGAAUAUGAAGAAAGGAUUCAAGAACUAAAUAUUAAAAUCAGAGACCUACAGAUAGAUAAAUUACAUUUACAACAACAGUGUGAACAACUGCAACAGCAGUUGAAGUUAAUGCAAACUAAAGCUAGUACUGCAAAUAUGAAAUAUGGCAAGGAAAUAAAAUCCAAGAAACCUUUUAUUACCACUGUACGUUCGGGCAAUGAAUUGCCCGCCUUACAGCCUCUACAGGAACACAAUAGCAAUUUGAAAUGUACCAAAUGUAAUGUGGGUUAUUAUCAGCGUAUGGAGGGGUCAGCUAAAGUUAAUGAUAAGAAUUUAGAGCAAUUGGAAAAUACAAAUAAGGAUUUAAUGGAUCAUAUUAAAUUCUACCAAAAAAAGAUAGAAGCCAGAGAUCGUGAGAUAUUACGCCUCAAUGAUUUACUCUCGGGUGGACGUCCUCCUGCCGCUUUGGCUCGUGACUGCUGCUACAAAAACUUUAACACGCUCAAUGAAGAUAUUGAUUUGUUGCAACGCGAGAAAAUGGACAGUCUAACACGUAUGCGUGAAUAUCAGGAGCAAAUGCAUGAGGCUAUGCAAAGAGCCUUGGAUUUAGAGAAAUCAAAUCGAUCUUUACAAAAACAAUUAGAUGAACUAAAAGAUGCUGCCCUUAUGGUGGAGACGCAAGCGAAUAAUGAAAUAGCUGUGCGUGAAGCAGAAGUGGAGAUGCUUAAGCAGCAAUUGAAUGAUAUGAUGGGCAAAGAGAAAAAUGCUCAUGAUAAACAGAGAUUAGAGUUGAAAAAGGGAAAGUCUGGUACAGUGGCGAGCAUAGAUAAACAUAAAAUAAAUGAGAAAAUUAAUGAAUUGACACAAAAAGAAUCUGAACUGAAAUUGCAAAAUGAACAUUUACAGCGAAAGGUUUCAAAAUUAAAAACAAAACUGCAGACCAUACAAAAAGAACUCAAAGAAAUCGAAACACAACAUGCCCAACAUUUGGACGAAGAAAAAAUACGCCUUAAAUCCGAAAGAGAUUUCUUCCAAAAAGAAUAUCUCCGGCUGCUUAGCAAAGCAGGUUCCGACAAAGAAAUCGAAUUUCUUCAAACUCAAAUAAAAUCAAAAGAUGAAGAGCUGCGAGUUUUACGCUCCGAAUUAUGUUUAAGACAAAGUAAUGCUUUGGUGCCCUGUCUUAAAGAUAAUCAAAAUCUUGCCACAUCUUCUUUGCCCUCUACAGCACGCUCUUCUGCCUCUAGCUCUAGCAGUAAUUGUGUUCAGGCUGUGGUCUUAAGGGUGGAAAGAGAACGUGAUUGUGCUAGAGCUGAAGUGGAACGUGUCAAAUGUGAGAGGGAUACAUUAAGAGAAAAGCUGCUGUGCACCACAAAAAUGCAUGAUGAGCAAAUGCAUGUGACACAGCAGCGCUUUGAGAGCCUUAGCGAUCGCCUUAGGCAAUUGGAAAGAGAAAAUAGAGAUUUGCAGUCAUCUCGCCAGCCAAACGAGUCACACAUAAUGAAGCUUAAAGAUGAGCUAGAGUGUUGUAAGCAACAGCAUUAUCAAUUGAGAGAGGAGAAUAAUAAAUUACAAGCUACAUAUAAUCAGUUGAAAAUGCUGCACGAACAAACCGAGCGCUGUUUGUCGGAUUAUCAAAAUAAACUUUUGCUGGCUGAACGACAAAUAGAAUCCUCCAAUAUACGCUAUAACACUUUGGACACAAAUCGUGAUUCUUCCCAACAAGAAGCGGUGAAAUUACGCAGUGAAGUGGCUGCUUUAAAACAGACCUAUGUAUCGUUGGAAAAUGAAAAAGAUAAAAUUUUGACACAACUUGAUAACAAAACGGAAAAGGUUUAUCAAUUGGAAUAUGAAUUGAAAGCCUGCAAAGAAAAACGUAAUUGUUUGGAGAAACAGGUCGGCGAAUUGGAAGAGCAAUUGGGGUAA